AAGACCGAUCUUUCUUUGGCUGAAAUGACGUUGGCUGGAUGACGUCGGUGGGAGAGAUACUACAAGUCUCUGCUCACGUGUAAUGUCUCUGAUAGUAGGAUAAUCCGCUCCGAUACGGAUGGGGGACAGCAACACACGCGCGUUUUUUUUGGAAGGAGGUAGCGAUCCAUAGCCGCCUAGCAAAGGUUGUUUCAUCCCGACGGCCGGACCAGAUGAUCGUAUGAAAGAUCCUCUGAUAGCGCGGAGAAAAAGGAAAGACUUUUGAUAUGGGUCUUCCUGUAGAUAUACAUGUGCCUUGACGGGUUCCUUGUCCCUUUGAUAUCGGGUUAAUGGGGAGCAUGACGGUAAGCCUCUCCAAAAUUUAAAGCCUUUGACAAACAUCAUUUCCCUGCGCUGCAGGUUUCCGCUAGGCUUCCACAUAUUUCUGGCCAUGUACGCUCAUCAGCAAACCAGUGCUAGCGUGAUCCGCCAAUGGAUCAAGACUGUCUUUCGGAAACAUCAAUUAGAGGAUGGAAGAUGCUCUGACACACAACGAGAUGUCCACACAUUUGUGUCGAUUCACUCAGUCACCGAUACGAAAGAACUACGCGAACAUGUUGAAAAGGCUGGCUUCCGACCACGACCAAAAUCAGCGGCUUUACGGAAGGAGGUUUACGUCCAUCAUCAAAAGGCUGGAUUUCGGCAACGCCCAAACUGUGCAAAAAUGUUGCUCGCACGGCACACCCGCAAGAUGGGCAUUCCUGCGCAGUCUGUAGUUCGAUCUCCCUCACUUUCCCUCCCAAGAUCAGGCAACCCUGGAAGUAUUCACCGCAGCCGCUCCUGUAUUCGGAGCCUUUCUCAAGUAUGUCCGAUAUAAGUAGUUCUAAUAUUGUUGAUUAUGUGGAUGUUGUAGUACAUAGAUUAAGUUUACUGAAUGUUUGUAAAUAUAUAACAGUCCUACAGUAUCAGAUA